AGGCUACUAUGUUUGAACCCGACCGAGAUCCAUUCCUCCCGCUUCUCCCCGUCCAGCUCCACGCGAAGCAAUGCAUCUUUUGCGACGCUGUGACACUGGCGAUUUCAGUCUUACUCAGUUUAGCGCUAAAGCCAUCCCUUCCUAUGCAAUACUUUCACAUACGUGGGGUGUAGAUACCGAGGAGGUCACCUUUGAAGACUUGACAAACGGUACUGGCAAGAGUAAACUUGGCUAUGAGAACAUUCGGUUCUGUGGAGAACAUGCUACACAAGACGGCUUAGAGUGGCUUUAGAUAGACACAUAUUGCACUAUAUAGGCCCACCGCCAGUGACAAUGUCCUACAAAAAGGGCAGUAUGUGCCGCUGAAAAUGACGGGAGUUGUCACCCAGCUUUAGGUA